AUGGUGCGUCGCACGGACACGGUUGCCCUUGAACUUGCCGCCACAGGAAAUAGGCUGGAAAGGUUGUGGGAAUUUUCCAACCCUGAGCCCGGUAUUGAUGGGCUGCGGUGGCUAGGUUUCGUUAUUAAGGAGAACUUGUUGACAGAUGUUGAGCUACAGCCGGCAUGUGAUGCGAUCGACGAGAACUUGUGUGAGCAGGAGGGGUUCUCUUCGCGCCUCACAGCCCUGGAACGCCAAUUCCCUCAUGCCUCUGUGCUCCUGCACACCGAGGGCAUACUGCAUCCCAACAUCCAACAGCUGUGGGCCAAUCCAAAGUUGCUUGACAUUGCCCAGCAAGUGCUGGGGGGUGACUUUGCUGCACACCCCGUGUGGAACCUUCGAUGCAAGGUCGUACGGGGUGGACAUCGUACGGGGCUGGCCGGGCAGCACACCUGCUGUGUUGGAGGUACCUGGUACAUUGACCUGCCGGAAGAACAGAUGACGUCCGUACUACAAUGCGAUUUGGACGCGGACGUGGUCACGUGUGAGGUGGCCAAGGGCUCAGUCCUGCUGCUCAACAACUUGGUGCCUCACCGUUCACUCAACAAUCUAUCCGAUCACAUCCGUUGGAGCUUUGACCUGCGCUGGCAGCAGACCGGACUUCCCAAUGGAUUUUACGGCAUCAAGGAGAGCUUGCCAAUGCGGGCCGAUGGCAAUCGAGCAUAUCCAAUUGCGUGGGAUGGCUGGGCUCAACAGGAUCGGCAGGUAGCGCAGCGCGCGCAGGUGGGCCCAAAUGCCCGUGAGGCCAUCGCUGAAGUGACAGACAAUCUUGAAACCACAGUCGUCGGUCCCUGGAUGAACCGCUAUGACCAUCAAGCAUAUGCUUUUACAACCGAGCUGGUGUAUGGAGAAUCCUUUGAAAGUUUCAACCUGCCCUCGGCGGCGCCGGCCAUGCGAGCGUUUGCAGACCUCGACAAGACGGUGGCCGAUCCUCGCGGCAUCAACAACGGCAAUCAGACGCUCUACUGGUUUCAAGUGCAAGGAACCUCGGAUCAGUUGCUCAACAUCACUGACCAUCCGUUCAAUGGGCUGCAAGCUCUACGCCUGCACGCCAGCAACACGUCUGGCCCCGUGGCCAUUAGUAACCGUGGUUUCAAGGGCCAGGGCCUUGACCUCAAGGCCAACCACGACUAUGAGGGCCUGGUAUAUGCUCGUGCCAGCGUACCCACCCUGGUCUCCGUGAGCCUUGAGGACUUUCACGCAGGCCGUGUGCUGGCCCUGGCCACCCUCAGUAUACAGGGCACUGGCAACUGGGAAGCCUUGGCCUUUCGGCUCGUCAGCAACAGCGAUACAGCGUGCUUUGAUUACCCAUGGGGCCAGCCUCCCCUCUACUGCUACCCGGGUCUCCAAGACCGCAUCGGGCAUGCGUGCUGGCAAUGCGGAGGCCAGCUUGUCUUUCGUUUGCUCCAGGGCCAGGUCGACUUGGAUAUGGCAUCCCUUCAACCGGGCUCUUGGGGCCGGUUUGCACCUGAGCAGCGCGUGCGCCGUGAUAUUGUCGAGCACCUUUUGGCCAUGGGCGUCGACGGCAUUCGCUUGGGGGGCACUUAUGUCAAGACCGACGUGGCUUUGGCCAACAGCAGUGAGAUUGGCUACUACUGGAAGGCUCUGCGCGGCGCCCCGAGCUCUCGCCCACCCAUUGUGCAGAUGGGUUCGGGCAUCUCCAAUUUUUGGAAUCCGCAGCUACGCUCCGCCGUCUUUGGGCCAUUUGAGCUGCUCAACCUUACAGAGCAGCUUAACAUGACCGCUACCAUCACGCUCAAUCAUCUUGAGUCGGCAGCAGAUCUUGCUGACCUGGUAUCGUACAUGUUCGCCACCAAUGCCUCGGAUGCGAUGGCCCAGCUGCGACAGCAAGAUGGCCACCCCGAACCCUAUAAUCUGGACAAAUUUUUUGAACUCGGAAACGAGAUUUUAAACACCAAUUACGUGUCCCAAGUGGCAGAGAUGGAGGGUCGAGCCAAGAGCUUGAAUCUGGGCAAAAAGCUGCGAUACGCUUGCCCAUGGGAGUGCCUCAACGAUAUUUUUAGAAAUGGAGCCAAGCAAUAUGGUGCACAGGUGUACCUUGAUCGGCACGAUGCCGACGAUCCACAAGCCUCGACCUUCGAUCCCAUUAUUGCUCAAUGGGAAGCGGAAGGCAUUGACGCCCGCUUUACAAUUUGGGAAACCAAUACGGGCACCUUGCACGACAUGCGCCGUGCCUUGCAGGAGGCCCAGGACAUGAACCAGUAUGAGCGGCGUGGAUCGGCGAGCCUUCGCCUGGACAGCCGCACAGCCUCGUUUUGCGUUGAAGCUUCAGGCCACGACGAUCUGUGGGCCGAUCAGCAUGGCGACCAGGGCCUCAUCUUUUUUGCUCCGAAUCAAACCUGGGCUCAACCACCGUACCACGUUCAUGCCAUGAUUCAAGACACGGCCUUGCCCUGGGUUUUGAGUGUACCGGACCCGUCCUCGACCGGGAUUGACCUUGCCGCGUUGGUGAGCGAUGACAAAAGACAGGUCACAACCAGGCUGGUAAACUUCGAGGCUACACCAUUGAGUGUAGUGCUGGAUGUGCGCGGACACACUGGUCAACGAGUGCAAGCGGAGACACGUCAGCUGUCCGCGCCUAGCGGAGACCUCGACGCAGCUAACCCUGCGUGGCAGCCUGAUUUGAUCACACCCAAGCUCGAUGUUGUUUCCAUCGUGCUCGGGCAAGAUGUGUGGGAAAUCCCGCCUUUCUCUUUCAUGACCAUCACCUUUCAUCUAGAAUGA